AUGGGAAAUUGUUCAGCCGAAAACAUUUAGCAAUACGAGAAUGUAGAGUUCACAGAAGGAGAUACAUAUGAAGGAGAGAUGGAGAACGGAUUUGCAGAGGGCUGGGGUGUAUAUACAAGAAAGAAUGGAGAUCAAUAUAUUGGUUGGUGGCAUAAUGGGUUUUAGCAUGGGAUUGGCAGAGAAAUAUUUGCUGAUAAAACAGAGUAUGAUGGAACAUUCGUAAAGGGGAAGAAACAUGGCAAAGGAAAAAUUACAUUUCCAGAUGGAUCAUCUUAUGAAGGAUAAUUUUAAAAAGAUAGUUUUUCUGGGGAAGUUAAUUGGUACAAUAAUUUUAUAAUUAAGUUUGGUAAGUGGAUUGAUAAUAGAAAAGAAGGCAGUGCAUAGAUAGUAUUCGAAAAUGGUAACAUAUUUGAAUGCUAAUACAAAAAUGAUAAGAAAAAUGGGGAAGGCCUAUUCAAGUGGCCAGAUGGAUGUAGGUUUUAAAGUAACUGGGUAGAUGGAUAACUGUAAGGGGAAUCAAAAUUGAUAGAGAAUGGCAUCAUGACAAUAGGGGAAUGGUUAAACAAUAAAUGCGUGAAGUGGGAAUAAUUGAAUGAUUGA